ACAGUAGGCAGGCAGUGAAGCACGCAGGCUGCCGACUAUCCAGUGAGUCCAGGUCGGGGGGGUCAGGAACCGGUCUGACCACAGAAUGGAGAGGCUGUGCAUGUACUAGGUUUUAGGAAUAUAUGCUUUGGAGGAUGUACAAGGAAAACACAAGGAGGCUUCCACGGAUACAGCCAGGGAAUGUCAAGACAAGACAUGUUUCAGAAUAAAACCAAAAAAUCAAUGGUGUAUGACGUCACUGGCAGGUGGCACAAGGACAGGGUCCGCUACACUAGUUUCUCUGGGUUUAAACAUUUUUGGAAACAGUUGGGAUAAUGUCACAAGCUAUAGUCAGUGCAAAUAAAGAUGUCCGAUAGUGUUGAUAUUGAAGAAAAGCCACCUGCCCCCCCUUUAAGAAUGAACAGUAGUUCCCGUGACCCAUCCUCAAUACACAGUUCAAAACCACUUCCAAUGGCUCCAGAGGAAAAGAACAAGAAAGCCCGUCUCAGGUCCAUCUUUCCCGGGGGAGACAAAACCAAUAAAAAGAAAGAGAAAGAGCGUCCAGAGAUAUCCCUGCCCUCUGAUUUCGAGCACACCAUCCAUGUAGGCUUUGAUGCAGUAACGGGGGAGUUCACUGUCACCUUAACCACCAGAUCCAGUCUGUAUCCAGCUCAGAUGGUCACUGCAGUCCCCCGGAUCCAGUCCGUACCCAGCCCAGAUGGUGGAUCGGCACCUAGACUGAGCCUGGUUUCUCCCAAGGGUAUUCCAGAGCAAUGGGCUCGAUUAUUGCAGACCUCUAAUAUUACUAAGCUGGAACAGAAGAAAAACCCUCAGGCUGUAAUAGAUGUUCUCAAGUUCUACGACUCCAAAGAGACAGUCAACAACCAGAAAUACAUGAGCUUCACGUCAGGAGAUAAAUCCACUCAUGGUUACAUUGCAGCCAAUACUCUGAAUCGACUCCUGUCUUCCGGGCCACCUGUCAGCCUUAGAACCUGCAGCGCGUUAUUUGACAAGCAAGGGGCCAAGACAACUUUGGAACCUCCUAUUGCACCUCCGGUGUCUGAAGAAGAUGAUGAGGAAGAGGAGGAUGAGGAAGAAGAAAAUGAUGAUGACGAUGAUGAUGAUGAUGAGGUUCCACCCAUCAUCGCUCCACGACCUGAGCACACCAAAUCUAUCUUCACUCGCUCUGUUAUUGAGCCCGCUGCACCUCCUGCUUCUGUCAAAGAGGUCACGACCCCUCCAGAGUCUCAAGUACAGCCAGAGAACACAUCCAGUACGCUGUACCGUCACACUGGCCGACAAAGGAAGAAAUCCAAGAUGACAGAUGAGGAAAUACUGGAAAAACUCAGAAGCAUUGUUAGCGUUGGCGAUCCUAAGAAGAAAUACACACGUUUUGAGAAAAUAGGACAAGGGGCAUCUGGUACAGUAUACACAGCUAUCGACAUUGCCACAGGACAAGAGGUGGCAAUCAAACAAAUGAAUCUGCAGCAGCAGCCAAAGAAAGAGCUCAUUAUUAACGAGAUCCUUGUGAUGAGGGAAAACAAAAACCCUAAUAUAGUCAACUACCUGGACAGUUAUCUAGUAGGAGAUGAGUUGUGGGUGGUGAUGGAAUAUUUGGCAGGUGGUUCACUUACUGAUGUGGUAACCGAGACAUGCAUGGAUGAGGGACAGAUUGCUGCAGUGUGCAGAGAGUGUCUACAGGCUCUGGAUUUCCUCCAUUCUAACCAGGUGAUUCAUAGAGAUAUCAAGAGUGAUAACAUUCUGCUGGGCAUGGACGGUUCAGUGAAACUGACGGAUUUUGGGUUCUGUGCUCAGAUCACACCUGAGCAGAACAAGCGUAGCACAAUGGUGGGCACACCUUACUGGAUGGCCCCAGAGGUCGUAACCCGGAAAGCAUAUGGCCCUAAAGUAGACAUCUGGUCCCUGGGUAUCAUGGCGAUUGAAAUGGUGGAAGGAGAGCCACCAUACCUGAAUGAGAACCCACUCAGGGCCCUAUAUUUAAUUGCAACAAAUGGCACUCCAGAGCUACAAAAUCCGGAGCGGCUGUCCUCAGUGUUUCGAGACUUCCUGAACCGCUGUCUGGAGAUGGAUGUAGACCGGAGAGGGUCAGCUAAAGAAUUAUUGCAGCACUCGUUCCUGAAGCUUGCCAAGCCCCUUUCCAGCCUGACUCCACUGAUUGUAGCUGCCAAGGAAGCCAUCAAGAAUAGCAGCCGUUAAGAUGUUCCCCCUAUCCACACACACAAGCAUACACAUUCACACAGACACACGCACAGAGUGCAGGUACAGUGUGUUUAUGUGUGAUAGCACAAUUACACAAUAUCUGAAUCUGGACACAAACACUAACACAAGCACAUGCUUGCACAUGCAUUUGCCCUAGUAAGGGUGAUUGACAGCUAUUCAAGGCCUUUGGUAUGGGAUUAGCCCUGGUCCCUGCCCUCAAACACGUUGUGAUGUAUGGAACUGUCGCACCAGUCCAACAGUGUGUGUCCAUUUUUACACAUCUUGAAAGGAGAUAGAAAAACUGAAAAAAAAAAAAAAAAAAAAAAAAAAACAAUUUCUGUUUUCCUUCUCUAUGGAAUCAAAGAUGAUGUGUAUUACAGUAGACCUCAAAUAUUAUCUAGUUUAUUCUCUUAUUUCAUAUAUUCUGAACUGUCUUGGAUUACUAGCAACCUUCUUUGGGUUUUACAGGGUUUUUCCUGUGCCUGAAGAUGUGUGCCUCCAAAUUUAGAGGUCUUCUCAAGACGUGCAUGAUCGCAGCUAUUCACAGCAAUCAUUUCUUUCUACACUGUGUGUGCGCAAAGUCAGAGAGCAUAGUAUGUUAGAGAGAGAGAGAGAGAGAGAGGGAGGGAGAGCAAGCAACAUAUUAUUACUAAGAUUAAUCUCACCAAAAAAAAAAAAAAAAAAAAAAACUAAAACAUAACCAUAAAUAAAUUGUUUGUUUGUUUGUUCAAGUUUUUUUUCCAACCAUUUUUUUUUGCUAGACUGUCAUACUGCAAUAUUGUUAUAGAUAGAUAGAUGGAUAGAUAGAUAGAUUGAUUGAUUGAUUUGUGUGUGUGUGUUUUUUUUUUUUAAGUUUAAAUGUGACCUCAACAUGUUCUUGACAUGUUUCAUAAGAUAUACUCGCAAAGAUUUGAUACAGAAGCCACUUUGCUACUGUAUUAAACAGAUAUUAUCAUUUGAUAGCAUGCAUCCUGAAUUUGCAAGAAAGCACCUCUCUCUCUAUGUCACUCUCUCAGAAUGGAUUCACAGACUGUGUUUUCAUGUGCAAUAUUUCUGCCAUAGGUCGUGGCAUUUAGGCAUGAAUACCACAACACAUAAAUCUAUACUAUGCAUUUUAAGAGCAAAUGCAAAAUGCUGAAAAUCAAGCCAUGAGGAGCCAAAUGUAGAGUGGGCUAAUGUGCUACUUCCUGGGCAUUAUGGAAUAGGAAAACCCUGCUGGUGUUUUGACAUCUGCUCAUCACACAUUAUCAGAGAACAUUAAACUAUCUAAUCUUUCAGAGAGCAUUGUUUGGCUAAAGUAUUUGCAUGAUGAAGGGCCAUUCACAUAAGACCUGCUACUGUUUUUUAAUUGUUGACCUGUGUGCACAUUUAUAUUGAUUUGUUUGACAAAUCCUUUACAAAUUAAGUUAUUUACAAAUUAGAAAUAUAACAAGCGAUUUAUAAAGUAGGUAAAUAAACAACAAGUGCUAGUAAUACAAAGUUUCUGACAUUGUAUACAAUAGUACAGACUAGGACAGGAAUGGCUUUGGAAAACAUGCAUCAGACAUUGGUGUCAGCCUUUGGCCUUGCUAUUUUGUCUUAGAAGUGCCAUGUUUUUAAACUCAAAGUUCUACACAAUUACACAGAUAAUUUUAGCUUCACAAGCUUGAUCUCAUUGUCAGAACUGAGUUCUUGCAAAGAAAGUACACAUUGCAUUCUCAGAAUUGCCACAAAGAGUACAUGGUUUUGUCUAACACAUUGUGUUACAAACAGUUCUGUUCCAUUCCUUUGCAUUCUGCCUGGCUGCUUUUGAACAA